AUGGGAGCAGCUGCGUCCAUGGACGACCCCGACGCGUCCGUGGUUUUUAGAGAGACGAAAGAGGAAUAUGAGCGGAGAGUUGCUGCGGGUGACUCGAAGGAAGAAAUUUUCUCCAGUCUUCGAGAUAUCGUUGCCACCCGUUUAGGAGGCACCCACCCACUCCUCCACACGUCACAGAGUCUGGAAUCCUUUCUCGUCCAAGAUUUAGCAAUAUCUGAGUCCGGAGAUCUAGAGAAACGUUCCAGCUCGUUGCUGGAUGCUGCUACGUUAGCUGCAGUGACCACCUCGUCCGAGAGCAAAGAAUCGACUAUCGAGACCAGUAUCGCACUAGCCAAGACGAUACCCGACGACGACGACGUCCAAUUGAAUCCAUUCCAUGACGACCAUGAAGUCGAAACGCACAUCGACGAGCAGGGAAUCCUCCGAGCAACUGUUGAAAAAGGCUUUGGACGGGCUGUGGGUUCGUCUCGGGCUGCACUUGAUCUGGUGCAAAACCUCGCUCCUGUGUUCACAACUGACGUACUAACUGACCCAACAACGCUCAAGAUGAUCCUCAAGUACGCAGAAGCCAACAAAGUGCCCAGCGGAGCGGAUAUGCUCCGAUUUUGGGUCGAAAUCGACGAACUGCAGCACCUUCCGUCCCAUUCGUACACGCACCGUCGACUACGCAAGAUUUACGACAAGUUUUUGUCCCCUGAAGCGCCUUCGCCUGUGUGUGUCACGGCGCAGAUGCUGCAGGAUAUCGAGAAAGCCCUCGAAGGAGAUAAUAUCUCCGCUGGCAUCUACGCCGGUGCACAGCAAAUCUGCUAUAUCGCGCUGGAAAAAUCCGUGUAUCCGCGAUUCCGAGACAGCAAAUUGUUCCGUAAGAUGCAGGAUUUCUGCGCUCCGGUCGUUCCUAACGCUGGCGCGUCAUCUAACAUUGGCUCGAGCAAUGGACCUACUUUGUUAGCUGCUGCUUCGGCUACAGGAACGGUGGCUGCCAACAUCACGGAUAAUAUGGAAGAUGCUGAGGAUUAUUCGCUGUUGGGUAUUCUAGCACAUCCAGCUAAGCUGCGCUUCCUCAAGACGUUCUGUAUGGAAGCAUUGGCGCUGGAAAAUCUGCUUUUCUACCUGGAAGUCGAAGAUUGCAAGAGAUUGCCGAAUCUGUCGUUCGUGGUCAACAAGACGCGAAAAAUCUACGAUCGCUACUGCUCUCCAUCGUCCAAGAACUUUAUUGUCGGGCUGGGAGACAAAGACGCGCUGAAAGAAAUCCACGACGUGGUGGAGAACAAAGGAGCUCUCGUGCCAAAGUUAUUCUAUGAGGUCCAGAUAGGCGUAUUUAACCGGAUUAGCGACGAUAUCUGGCCUGGAUUCUGUCGCUCCCAGGAAUAUCUGGAUCAUUCGAAAGAGGUCCAACCGGACGCGAAACAUCUGGCACGACGCGGCAAUCGCUUCGAAGAGAGCGAGGCGGUGCAAAAGAAACUGGAAGGCUUGGCAGAGCUCCAGCUCAUCGACGCGGCCAUGCAUUAUCCGGUCGAGAAGCUCAUCCCUAUCUCAGUUCCAGAUUCUAUCCAAGGGGCAGCUCGACGAAAAUCCAUUCAAAAACUCGAAGAGGAGCAGACUCUCACGCCUGAGCAGGAGCUGAAGCUGCUGUUGGGCGACCCAUUCGCCAAGAAAUAUCUAAAGCUCUUCAUGACUCGACGAGGCGUGGAUUCUUUGCUUGCCUUCUGCGAAGAAGUGGAAGAUUUUAAGCUGCUACCAGGUAUCGAGUUUCUCCAACAUUCCGCUAAGAAAAUCUACCGCAAGUACAUUAUCCCCAGUGCUCGACUACAGGUGGAUAUGAGUAAAACGAUGCGAGAAGAGAUUUUUACGCGACUCGCGAAUCCAAGCGUGGAUAUGUUCAAGAAGAUCGCGAACCGGGUACGUCACGGGAUGCUGCAGGACUCGCUGCCUCGCUUCGUCAAGUCAAAUUACUACAAGGAUCUACGUCGGGAUAGUAAAGCUACGCCUGCCGAUCCCCACUUGGCCACAGUCGACCAAGCAGCAAAAGCAGGAAAGCUCGAGCUGUGCCACUUGGAUGUUUUUCUAACAUAUCCAGGAUGUAUGCAAGCCUUCCGGAAGUUUCUGGAUUUUCAACAUUGUUCCGAGAAUCUAAUGUUGUGGGAGGAGAUUGAACACUACCGAAGACUGCCGAGCUACCAGAUCGUCCUGCGUUCAGCCAAGAAAAUCUACGACAAAUAUCUGAAUCCGAAUAAUCCACGAUCGCAGAUUCCGUUGGCUCCAGCACUUCUUCAACGUGUAGAGACGCAACUGGAAGUGGCGAGUCGAACGACGUUCGAUGAGGUCGAGAACGAGUGCUACGACCACAUGCGCAACGUCGUGAUGCCGGAUUUCCUGGAUUCUCGGAUUUUUAUGGCCCUAGUGGGGACGUGGGCCACGGUUCACGAAGAUUAUCCAGCCGAGAUGCUACGUGGAGAACUGGAAAUGGCGUUUCUGCGUCAUCGCUUCCAUCUGGUUCAAGAAGCUCGAGGAAUGUCUCGAGACUCGACGGUCAGCAACUUUGACAAAGGACGCAACGGAGCGACCCCCACUCUAGGCACGACAAAUAGCGGCCGAGUCACAAACGGAUAA